GUGACCGAGUGCUUUCUGUUAAUGGGAUCACAUUGGAAGGAGCAACACAUAAACAGGCUGUGGAAAUCAUGAGAAAUACUGGCCAGGAGGUUCAUCUAGUACUAGAAAAGGGCCAACUUCCAGCAGCCAGAAUCCAUGCUCCCACGACAUCACAGUGCACACCUACAAACAAUCCCGGUCAUAGUACGCUCUUAGAAAAACCUGUGAAGAAGACUUCAAGUGCCAGAGAAUACAACUUUGUCACUGAUGACAAUACAUUUGAAGUGAAACUCGUGAAAAACAGUUCUGGCCUAGGUUUCAGCUUCUGCCGUGAAGAUAGCGUCUCCCCAGAACAGCCGGGUUCCAGUAUAGUCAGGGUGAAAAAGCUCUUUCCGGGACAACCAGCUGCAGAGAGUGGGCAGAUUGAGGUCGGAGAUGUCAUCCUGAAAGUCAAUGGUUCUUCUCUAAAAGGAUUAUCUCAGCAGGAAGUCAUCUCAGCUCUCAGGGGAACAUCCCCUGAAGUCACCCUUCUCCUGUGCAGGCCGCUUCCUGGAAUAUUACCAGAGAUUGAUCCUACAUUAUUG